GGGAGGGGCGCCCAGCGCGGGGGGGGGGGGGGGGCCUGGUCUCGGCUUCACUGGAGGUCCGGUUUCGGCUGCGAACAUGUCCCGGCCCGUCAGAAACAGGAAGGUGGUCGAUUAUUCACAGUUUCAGGAAUCUGAUGAUGCAGAUGAAGAUUAUGGAAGAGAUUCAGCCCCUCCAGCUAAGAAAAUCCGAUCAUCCCCGCGAGAGGCUAAAAACAAGAGGCGAUCUGGGAAAAAUUCACAGGAAGAUAGUGAGGACUCUGAAGAAAAAGAUGUGAAGACCAAGAAGGAUGAUUCACACUCACCAGAGGAUAGUGAAGAUGAAAAAGAAGAUCACAAAAAUGUUCGCCAGCAGCGUCAGGCAGCAUCAAAAGCAGCUUCCAAGCAGAGAGAAAUGCUCAUGGAAGAUGUGGGCAGUGAAGAAGAACAAGAAGAAGAAGAAGAGGCACCAUUCCAGGAGAAAGAUUCUGGCAGUGAUGAAGACUUCCUAAUGGAAGAUGAUGAUGAUAGUGAUUAUGGAAGUUCAAAAAAGAAAAACAAAAAGAUCGUGAAGAAAUCCAAGCCUGAAAGGAAAGAAAAGAAAAUGCCCAAACCUAGGCUAAAGGCUACAGUGACACCAAGUCCAGUGAAAGGCAAAGGAAAAGUGGGCCGUCCCACAGCAUCAAAGGCAUCAAAAGAAAAGACUCCUUCCCCUAAAGAAGAGGAUGAGGAGCCAGAAAGCCCCCCAGAAAAGAAAAAGUCUGCCAGCCCUCCACCAGAGAAGUCUGGGGAUGAAGGGUCUGAAGAUGAAGCCCAGUCUGGGGAAGAUUAAAAAGUGAUGGUUUGGGAAGAUUUUAUUUAAAAAAAAAAAGAGGGAAAAAAAAGAAAAUCUACUUAGGGGGUAGAACAUGGUUUUGGCUAUGGCUUGACUCAUGGGCUUUGAAUGCUUUCCCCUCUUCCAUUUCCGCAUUCUCCCCCCCCCCCACUGGUGAGAGAUAACAGCAUAUUCCCCCACCCCCUUUUUUUUUUUUAAGAGAAAAUUAUGGUCAUGUUUUUUAAAUUCCCUUUGUCUAUUGGCUGCUCUCCCUCUCCCAAUCUCUAGUAAAAGCCAUGACAAAAUAUCCAAUGAAUUUACCACCUAACUUUAAAAAAAAAAAAAAAGAAAGGGUUAUUACAGGUAAAGCAAUAAGAUUUGAGGCAAACCCUAUUGGAAUUUUAACUUUACUAAAGUUACCAAGGUGAGCAGGAAUUCAGAAAACAGUAAGGAUUCCAAAUGACAAUGGUUGUUCCUUAUUUACCUGAAUUUUUAAAAAAAAAUCAGUCAGCAAAGACAAAAAUGUGUAUAAUUUUUUUAAUCAUGAACUAAACUUAUCAUUGACUAGGCAGGAAGGUGAUAAAUGUGAAUACAACCUUAAAUUUCCCAUAUUUCUAACCCUAUCUGGGAACAACCAGGCCACAUGACUUUUUGGUGUGGGUUUUUUUGUUGUUGUUGUUUUUUGUUUUGUUUUGUUCUGUUUCACUCCUGGUCAUCUCAAGGAGAAUAGGAACCAGUAAGAACUCCUUUUCUCCUACUAAAAUCUUUAGGGAAUUAAAUGAUGCUCAACCUAAAAAUCAGGGGAGCAAGUGCUUCAAAAUCUAAGUGACUUUGUUUCAGAUCUGAAUAUCCGUGGUUCAUGUUUUUAAAAUAAAUAUGUAUCUAUUCUUUUUCCUGGAAUAAAUUUUACCAAGAAUCAAGAGGAAUUUAGAUUUUAACAGCAAGAUUGCUGUACCACAUCAAAGUGGGUUUCUUCUCAAACUGACAAUGUUUAGGUUUUAAGCCAAUAAAGAACCAGUUAAUGUGAAACUAAA